AUGAAACAGGUUUUGUUUGCAGUUCUUACACUGGUGUACCUGGAGCGUUCCAUGAAGGUUGUUGCCGCUCCGAUCUGUGCCUAUGGACAGACUGGAUGCCAUGUUCUUUCCCUGGUUGAUCUCUUCGACAGGGUCAUACAACAGUCUUCAAGAAUGCACGGCAUCUCCAGUGAUCUGCACUCUGAGUUUGAGCAAUAUUUCUUUCCCAGGAAAAACCUCAUAGGAAAACGGAGGUGCCACACAUACGGCAUACUAACACCAGACGAUAAGGAGAAUGCACAAAGGCUCGGGAGAGAACAACUGGCAGAGGUGAUCAUGAGGCUGCUUGGGGCUUGGGGUGGCCCCCUGUCUCAACUCUACGGGAGCAUGUCUCAGGAUCAGAAUCAAGACUUCAACCACUACAGCUCCAACAAGGCUCUGGAGAUCAGCGAUAUGGUGCAUCAUCUGAGGGAAGGAGUGACAAUAAUGGUUGAAAAGAUGAAGCGUUUGGGAGUGCUUGGCAACACUGUGGGUUAUAUCUCUCCUGGGAGUUUGGUCCCUUCUUCUGAUUUUUCCUUCCACAAACAAGGAGAACUCAACUCAAUGGACCAUCAUGAUCUACUCUACUGCUUCCGCAGAGACUCCAACAAAGUAAAAAAUUAUCUCCGCAUCCUAAAAUGCAGCACCCUUCCUGGACUGGACUGUUAA